UGCGUACAUUAAGUGAAUGCAGCGCCAGACCAAAGCAGCCGCUUGUCGAGGUUUGUUGCCAAUGACAGUCGCCUGCUAGCUAAAGUCAUGGCGCUGCUCAAACAAAGUUGUUGUGUAGUUGGCCGUUUCUCCACAAACCAUCUAUGGCUGAGUCCCAGAUGCAUCCCACAUGUUUACACCAGCAGUCUGACAGCUGUGGAGAAAUCCUCCUCAAACCGAGCUGACAGAAAGAAGGAGCUUCUGGGUGACGACGGGCCUGAUCUACAAGACUUCAUUUCAGGGGAAUUAUCGGAGAAAAACAAGUGGGAAGAGUACAGAGGCAACCUGAAGAGAGAGAAAGGAGAGAGGCUGCGCCUUCCCCCAUGGCUCAAGACGGAGAUCCCCAUUGGAAAAAACUACAACAGGCUGAAGAACACUCUGAGAGACCUGAACCUGCAUACAGUGUGUGAGGAGGCCAGGUGUCCUAACAUUGGGGAAUGCUGGGGAGGAGGAGAGUACGCCACAGCCACAGCCACCAUCAUGCUGAUGGGGGACACAUGUACCCGUGGGUGCAGGUUCUGCUCCAUAAAGACCGCCCGUCGACCUCCACCUCUGGACCCAGACGAGCCCUACAAUACAGCCAAGGCCAUCGCUGCCUGGGGACUGGACUAUGUUGUUCUCACCUCAGUCGACAGAGAUGAUAUUGCUGAUGGAGGAGCAGAGCACUUUGCUAAAACUGUCUCCAACCUAAAAGAAAGGGACUCUCAGAUCCUGGUUGAAUGUCUGACCCCUGAUUUUCGUGGUGACCUGGCAGCAGUAGAGAAGAUCGCCCUGUCAGGGUUGGAUGUGUAUGCCCACAAUGUGGAGACAGUGCGAGAGCUGCAAAGGUUCGUGCGUGACCCCAGAGCGAACUUUGACCAGUCUCUGAGUGUCCUGAAGCACGCUAAAAAGGUCAAACCAACUGUGCUCACCAAGACUUCCAUCAUGCUGGGACUGGGCGAGACUGACCAACAGAUACUCAACACCUUGACUGAGUUGCGAGAGGCAGGAGUGGACUGUCUAACACUGGGCCAGUACAUGCAACCCACUAAACGCCACCUAAAGGUGGAGGAAUAUGUCACUCCAGAGAGGUUUGCCCACUGGGAGAAAGUUGGGAAUGAUAUGGGAUUCAUGUACACAGCCAGUGGGCCACUGGUGCGAUCUUCCUACAAAGCAGGGGAGUUCUUCCUGAAGAAUCUACUGAAGAAGAGAAAAGCAGAAGUCACUAUAGCAGAAUGAAAAGCACCAAACCAGCAGCUUCUAGGGGCUUUCUCCCUUUAGUCACAAGUAUACUGUACCUAUAACUAUACACAUUAACGGUGACAAAAUCAACGUUUACUCCUGCCGUACUAUAACGCAUCAUUGUAACCUGUAGCACAGAAAACACCUUUACCAAACUUAAUAUGUAACGUAUUAACAACCUGGGGUAACAAGAGGGCAGGUGAGAGUACAGAAGUGAGAGUACAGAAGUGACAUUAGCAAGACCUCACGUAAGUACAGGGACCAUUCUCUUCCUUUUCAUGCACGUUCUCCACCUUUCACCUGCGACGACCCAAAGGUCGACCGAGGACAUCAAAGAGAACAAGCAGCAGUUAGAGGCCUGCAGAUAUGUAGAUAAACUACAGACUCUGUCCACAUACCCCUGCCAGGAGAAAAUACAGCCUAGUGAUAGCAGUAGCUGUAAUUUGCUGUCUCUGCACCUCAGGGGCCCCUAAAUCAAAUCCACCGUGAACUCCCUCCCCUCAGGGGCCCUGGACUUCAGGUAGAGAGCGACUGAUCUUUAACCAUGAGCUCUUUGAUGUCUGCUGCUUCAGGACUGAUUUAAUGAAGCGUUUAAGGGAGUUUUUUGUUUUGGUCUAUGGGUUCUUGCAGUGGCUUAAAUUUCAAACAAAUCUAUGUUUGCUGAAGACUUGUAACACUGUUGAACGCUGUUUUAAAUUUCCACUACAUUAG